GCAAACGCGUCAACAGCGCUUUUGUUGUUGCUGAGGUAACUGCGGAAGUAGAAGCCUGCCCGUUCCCGUGUUCAUCGCUCUCCACGUCCUUCUUUGUAUUUGUACUACGCAUCGUUGGUUGGCGUUCACGUGUGAAGGUGUCCGCCCGCAGCCCUUGCCUCUUCUGUUUUUUAUAUUUGUCUGUUUUUAUCAUUGUUUUGCCGUGUGUGUGUGCGCCUAGUAGUACGGUUUGCCGUGACUUCCCGCUCCCUAAGUCUAAAGAGGAGCACUGCGCUACUUCACCUUCGUAUCUUGGUUUGUUGCUGUGCGUGUGGCGAAGUUCUUUUCCAUCCCAUUUCUUUUUUACUUGGCGAACAGUUGGCUGACUCCGCCGUAUUGCUUCGUUGGCGACCGGCUUGCCUCUUUGUGUUUCCUCCAUCGGCCCCUUGCGACACGGCAGCCCUUUACAGGAAACAGGAGAAGGGACGAGUUCGUGUUGUCGGGGUUUGCGAGAUAGUCCGGGGUGUGUGCGUUUCUUGCUAUCGUGAUUUCGCAGCGCCAAAGGCUGCGUCUGUACGUUGAGCUCUACGAGUUCGUGACGGCGCUUCCACGUAGCGCUUUUUACUGUUGUUGCCGGUGGUGUUCCGCUACAACAAGGAACAAGCAUUCAACUUCUUCCUCUUUCCUCUUCGAUCAGCACCGUUACCGGCUCUCCUCCUUCCUCCUUGGUGGCACGCAGAUGGCGCAUCACCUGACCAACGCAGAGGUGGAGAACAAGGUCGCCUUCCUCGUGCAACUCCAUGCGCUGCUCACACAGGUCAGCUCCGUCGUCAGCAGCAACGCACUCGGCAGCGCGCAAAAGGCAAAACUAAGUGACAUCCGAGCUGCGACGGAGACGUGGCUGAAGGACGUGGGAAGUGUUGGUGCCCCUCGCCCGUCCAUUGCGCCCAGCAACCCACCCCCGCAAUCCCCCGUCACGGACGCACCACCACUGCCAACCGCUGCCACCUCGACCCCCGCUGAGUCCUCUUCGCCGGCAGCAACGGCAGCGGCCGCGGAGGGAGAGGAGGGCACCGGCAGCACCCUGAAUGCGAAUACCACCACAACAGCAAGUGCGAAGCCGUCUCCUGACCCCGCGGCACCGGCGAAGGAAAGUGCUGCCGCCGUGAGGCCUGGCGGCUCCUCGUCCUUUACAGCGGACAUGGCCAGCACACGCUCCGUGACGGCUGGCCGCAACAUUGUUGACCUGGUCAGCUACCUGCGACUGCUCUUCAACAACGACAUACCGGAGCGAGCGCGGCUGCAGUCUUUUGGAAAGAACCUCGUGCGCCUUCUCAUGGUUCGGUGCUGCUCCACCAUCAUGGCGUCGCUACAGCACGUAGUGUACCAGACCUACGCGACACCGCCAGCGGAGCCGGCGACAGCGACAACUCCAUCUGCGGUAGAGACGGACACGGAAGGCCGCGUAGAAGCAUCGGAAGUGGGGUCGCCGGAGAAGAACCCGUCCUCCGCCUCAGCGCCUGAAGCACCGGCACAGAGCCAGGUACAAGUGCCAACGAAAGACAAGAUCAGCCUUUUUGUCGAGCUCGCACAAGAGAUUAACGUGGCAACGAAGGCGUUAGUCGACUGCGUGCAACUCAUGACGAGCGACGCCGUGCCGUCCGACGCGGCAAGCGCCCGCUUCCCGGUGCAGUUGUGCGUCGAUGUUGUGAAGCAGACACGACGCGCUCUCUUGUACUUCCAGUCGCGCCUCGAGAAGGAGGAGCUCUACCUGCUCCGCAAUCACAUUCUUUCUGAAAGGACGGUGGCUGGUACCGCGGAGGCGGCGUCGCCGCUCGAGGACGUCGAUGCCGCGCAGGAGGUGCUGCAGCAGGAGCCGGCAGAGGACGUCGCCGCGCACGUGCGCAGCCGAGCGGGGGGUUUAGAAGUGAUGUGGGGCCCCUCGCUCACGCACAGCAUCUGCCACAUCGGCGACGUCAUUGAGCCGGCAGUGCGUUUUCUCGUCUCCGUCGCCGGCGUGCGGGCCGAAGGAGCGCCAGCGGCGAUGGUCGGCUUGAAGAAAGACGCCGCCCACGACCUCUUCUCCCUGUGCGGCGUGGCCUCGCCGUCCGCUACACCGCUGCCGGGUAACGGGUCCCUUCGCUCCUCUGCAACCGGUGGCGGUCCUGCGGCGUCGGGCGGACUCACGCGGCCGUUGUCCAGCGGUGAGCUUCACUCCGGUGCAAACGCCAACGGUGCUGGCGGAAAUGGCGCGGUGGCCUCGCCAGUGAGUGGGAGCAGCGUGAUGCCGCCCGCCUGGCGUGCAGCGGCGGGGGAAGUGCUCGCCAGUUUAGGCAGCAGCUACACGGCGGACUACCUCGCCGCGGUCGCCCGGUGCUGCGGCGAGAACAACGAGGGCGAGCUGCUGUCCACCCGGUUGCUGGCGGAUAUGCUGAGCUACGUGACGACGCACGACGUGCCGCUGCUGCGGUGUGUGCUGCGCCUCCCUCGCUGGAGCCGCCCGCUGUACGAAGGCAUUCUAAACUGUGCGGUGUCGAUCCAACCGGCUGUGCUGGCGGCGGGGCUGGAUGCGCUGCGGCUGCUGACGGUGAACUGCGCAACGGAGCUGGGGCAGGAGGUCGGCUAUUUGUACUGCAACGUGGUGCUGCGCCUGCUGGAGUCAUCGAACAGCCCCCACUACGUGAAGCGCACCAUCGUCCUGCACCUUCUCACUACCCUCAUGAGCCACUCGAGCAUCGUCCCGGCCGGCGCGGCGGCGGAGGGCACACGAACAAUUCCGCUGAUCCUGCACCUCUACCGGCUGUACGACUUGAACGUGCACGCGCAUCAGCUCAACUUCGUCCAGCAGUUCACCAGCGCCCUUUCUCGCAUUGUGCGAGCGGCGCCGAAGGAGGACUUUGCGCAGGACGCCGUGGUGCAGGAACAGCUGCAACGGCAGCAGGAAGCGGCGGCGGCAGAGUCGAAGAAGCACAAGGAGGCGGUGCGGAAUUCUACAAGUGCGACUACGAGCGGCAACACGGCCACCACCGUCGCGGCUGCCUCGGGCAACGCAGCGGAUGGCUCCUCCCUCGACGCCACUGCACCGGCGGCGAGUCUGGCCUCGCUGUCGCUGCCCGCCAUGGCGCUGCACGGCCUCGUGCGCAUCGUCGAGGUCCUCACGACGCAGGCGCCGCCGGAGGAGGAGACCGGCAGGGACGUGCUGGCUGCGCUGCCGACGGUGCAGAACCGUGAGCGGAAGCUAAAGGAGCAGCAGCAGGUGGACCUCUUCAACGCAUCGCCCAAGAAGGCGGUGUACAAGAUGUUCCACGUCACCGCAGAGGAAAACGCAAUUCCAGAGGAGCACAGCGCCUUUUCCGCUCAGUGGGACCACGCGCACAUCCCCCCAGUGCCGUCGGCCGAGACGGCGAAGAAGGUGGAGGACGUCGUGGACUUCUUGUCCGGCAUCAGCUCCCUCGAUCCGGCGGCGGUGGCGGAGUUUUUGACAACGCCAGCCGUCUUUCCGCUGCACGUGUGCACGGCGUACCUCCGUCGCCUCCCCCUGUCCGGUCGCAGCGUGUUGGAGGCCAUCAGCGAACUCCUGAUGCGGGUUCAACUGCCGAAGGAGGGUCAGCGCAUUGAGCGGCUUCUCGAGUACUUCUCGGCCGCCUACUUCGACGUCAACGAUGUACCGGGCAUCGACCGACAAGUUUUCCCCUUUAAGAACGACACCGCUGUUUUUAUCGUUGUGGUCGCCACGGUGAUGCUCAACACGAACAUCCACAACCCGUCUGUCGGCAUGCGGCUGGAUUUGAAAUCGUUUCGUGGCCAGCUGCGCCGCUGCAACGACGACGAAAGCUUCGCCGACGCCUUCGUCGAUGACAUAUUCUACUGCAUCAGCACGCACCCGCUCGAGAGCAUCAAGUCGGUCACGAUCGACACGAGUGCAAGCGCCGACAGCGCCAGCAGAGGCGCCUUCGACGUGUUCUUCGUGUCGCAGGAGGAGAAGCGGCAGCUCGCCUUCGGGGUGGAGCGGCAGCGAAUGGUGAGUGAGACACAGCAGCUGCUGCAGCUUCGCACCCGACAGGAUCCGCGGCCAUCGCUGCCCCCUGCGUGGUGGUACGCGGCAGCGAAGGAUCUUUUCCUGAGUACCUGGUCCGCCGUGUGUGCCGUCUUUGGGCCGGCCAUGUAUGAAGGCCCCUCUGCCCCGCUGCCGGUGCUGCUGCAGUGCGUGCGGGGGCUGCAGUCGCUGCUGUGCACGGCGGCCGCCUUCGACCUUCAGACGGAGUGCACCGUCACGCUCCUGACGCUGCUGCGCAUGGCGGAGUCCACGCCUGUGCGGGCGCACUGCCGUCGCGCCGUGCUGGUCGUGGCGGCCACGCCGUACGCCGUGCAUUUCCCGGUGCGUUGCUGGGUGGCUGUGUGUCAGCUGAUGCUGGAGCUGCGGCUGAGUUCCACAUCGGAGGCGCCGCCCUUGGUUGAGGACGUCUUUACCCGCAUGGAGAGCCUCACACGGCUGAGUGUGGAGGCCGACGAGACACGCACCGCUGGAGAGGGAGCGGAGACCGAACAAGAGAGCACCGCUGCGGUGCACAAGCCGACAGAAGCCAUUCACCGGGUGCUGGAGGGCGUCAUGACCACCAUUCGCGGGUACGCCGUGGGCGACGUCGAAAAUAUGUCGGCGGCCCUCGUGCUGCUGCGUCGCGCGCUGGAGUUUUCGCGCAUCAUCCACGGCAGGCGUGCCGCCGACGUCGUGUACUACGUGAACAUACGCGACUUUACAGCUGUGGUGGUGCCGGCGUACGUGGAGCUUGUGAAGAAGCACGGUCUGAGUGAUGAGGGACUGCAGGUGCUGUUUGAGUGUUUGGUGGAGAUUCUGUGUACGAUGUGGCUGGCCUCCUCGACCCGUCGUGUUGUGGUACCGGCCAGCGUCAUGAGCAGCAGCGGUCAUCGCAGUGGCGAAGGAGACGGCGCGAGGGUGGCGGAGGACGACUUGAAGCAGCCUCCUGUGACGAUCACCGUGGACACCGCCCCCGCCGGCUUUGUGCGCUGCUUCCGCUGUCUGCGGAGUAUUUACGAUAUAACGCUGGCAUCCGCCGCGACGGACGGCUCCGCCACGCUGCUGCAGAUGCACACGUUGCAGGCCGUCAAGGAGGUGCUCUCUCGCACGGCGCACGCAGCAGAAGUGACGGCGGAGGCGCAGCACCUCUCCCUUUACACAAUGGUGGCAUCAUGGCAGCAGGCGCUCUACCCGCUCGCGAUGGCGCUGUGCGAUCGCCGCACCACAACCACUGAGGCCGGCAGUCUCGCCCUGCUGGUGCUGCGCAAGCUAGUCGCGCUCAGCGGCGGCACCGGCGGCACCUUCUCGGACCGCCUGCCGCCGCAGGUUCGAGGGGCGCUGCUGUGGCUUCUGGCUCAGCUAUCCUACAUGGGCGGCAUGUGCGGAGACGUGGACGGUGCGCAGGUCUGCGUGGCGCUGCUCAGCAGCAUCUGCACGACCACGUUGGCCAUGUCCCUCUCUGCUUCCUCACCGAUGGCGUGGUACGCGGCAGGGCCGCCCUCGCCUCCUUCCGCUGCCUCAGGCGCAGACCUCGAGACCCUUGCACGAGCCCUGGCAGAGCGCGACUCGCUGACGCAGCGGGUGGUGUCCUCUGUCGAGGAAAGCCCCGAGUACGUGGUGCAGCAGACGCUGGUGCGCCUUGGGCUGCUGCUGCGGUGCGAGCGGGAGCAGACGCGUGCGGAGGUGGUGCAUCAGCUGCGAACGCUCUCGCUCCAGAUGCGGCCGGCCCAGGUGCAGACCUUCGCGACCGACCUGAUCGAGGUGGUGCUGGAGGGUGCCAUCGGCCACGCCGCCCACCACCACAAGACGCCCAUCACGCACACCAGCCUCAUUCCCUUCUUCUUCUACCAGAUGCCGGUGCCAGCCGCGAUGCGUCGCUGCUCGCGUGCCGCCUUUCGCAGUACCCUCCCCGCCGCGCUGGGCUUCCUGGCGGGUGAACUCCUCUCCGGCCUGAGCGGCGAGUUCCAGGCGGUCACCGCCGAACGGGUCAUGCAGCGCUGCCUCAUGCCCAUCCUUCUCAGCCCCAACAGUCCCUAUCAGAGCCGCUUUCUCGCUAUUCGAUCGUUGUCGCAGUGCAUUGCGGUGUGCCUCCCGCAGAACGGCGAGGUGACGCGGCCACAGCUGGCGCAGUGCGUGUUGGACUGCGUCUCACUCAGCCUCUACGCCGUGCAGGUGCCGCUGCCCGCUAUUGUGCCGCCGACCGCAGUAUUUGUCGGUCGCCGCUGGCUGGACGCGCCGCCGGCGGUGGCAGCCGAGGCGUGGUCUGCCUACGGCGCUGCGGCCACCCAGACGAUUCGCGUGAUGGACACGGCGGAGCCGGAGUGGGUCGUGCGCGGUCCGCCGGCGGCCGCAGACGCCACGCCAGGCGUCACGCCCGCAACAGAAGGGGGAGAAGAGAAGAGCGCCGGGCCGCCACCGAGCCGCGGCAGCGGCGGCUCGACCACCCUUCUUGCAGAUGAGCCCCUUAUCGAGUACGUGAAUCUGCUGGCGCAGGUGCUGGCCGGCGUCCCGAAGGAGGUGCACAGCGUCGUGGUGAGUGCCAUGGCGCGGCCCGCAGGUGACGAGCAGAGAAGUGAGCCAUCGGUGUCAACGGCUGCCACUGCCGCGGAGUGGGCGCUCCCACGCACGUCGGUACUGGUGUUGCUGCAGUUAACUUUGCGAGCUGCUGGCACCCUCUUCUCCAUUCUCUGGCGCAUCAACUACCCCUACGAGGUCGAGCAGUACGCCUCGCAGUUUGUCGAGCUCGGCCGCGAGGCACCCGCGCUGAUCCGCAACGGCGGUCUGCUGCCUCACGCCGCCAUUCGCAGCGUCCUGCAGUGCUACUGUGAGCUGGCGAUGUUGUCCGUCGAGUACCCUACGAAGGAGGUGCUAGCCUCCACGACGGACAUCAUCGAGGGCAUUCGGCAGGUGCAGGCCGCCGCCCAGCCCUCCCCUUCGAGCACCUGGUCGUCUGCCGCUGGUGCGUACGGCAGUGGCGCCACCGUGCCGGCGGGUACGUCGUCUCUUGCGGCCGACCCGGCGUCGCUGCAGCGGCUCUCGCCGCAGGAGCAGCAGCACGUCCGCACGUGCAACUCUGGCAUGUACCAGCAGCUGGCCGCCGUGCUGGGUUACCUCGUGAAGCUGCUGACGGGGCAAUCAAAUGCGGUAGCGCCCGCAGGGGCAGCGGCGUCGCUCACCGCCGCUACGGUGGGGUGGGCCCAUCGCAAGGCGGCCUUCGAGGCCAUGGCGAUGCACCCAAGGUUCUUCUCCUCCCUCGUGUCGCUGCUGACGCCUACGGCCGGCACGCUCAUCGUGUCGGUGCGUGACUACUUCGCGUGGUACAUCGCACACGCCGAGGUGCUGCCAACUUCACCGGCCACGCCGACAGAGGAAGCGGCCCCUGCAGCGAUACCAAAGAAGGGUGCGCCUGACAUCGUGACCCAGCACCUCCAGGCGUCGCCAGAAGAGUUGCCGCAGGAAGCAUCCGUGAACGGCGCCCUUCGCAGCGGCAUCCACAUCAAUGGCUACACCUCUGGAGAGCACACAAACGCAGACGGCGCUUCGGCGUCGGCAGCGCUGAAGGAGGUGGCAGCGGCGGCAGAUGCAGAUGUCGAGGUGGAGGCAGACUACGUGGACGGUGAGGACUCAUUGUUGUAG